AUGUCGACUGAAUCAGCCUCAGCGUCGUUGCUAAAUAUCAAUGCCCUAUUCGAAAACCCGCUCUUUGCGGGUGGCAUUGGCCUCGCCUCCCUCGGUGCAGUCGCAGCUUUCGCUCGGAAAGGCGCGAUAGCUACCCUCGGAGCGGCCCGUCGUCGCCUACUUGUCAAUGUCGAAAUCAGCAAGCAGGAUCCUGCCUACCCAUGGAUUCUCGCCUGGCUGUCACAGCCCCGCGAGAACCCAGGCUUCAUUGCCUCGCGCCUAACUCGAAUCCACAACCUGUCAGUAAUAACGACGACCGCGUCGCGAACACCGGGCACCAGCGGACCGGCGCAUGCGCAUUUCUUCCUGCAACCAGGCUAUGGACGACACAUUGUCAAAUUCGGGAGCGCAUACAUUUCCGUUAACCGAGAAAAACACAACACGGCCAACAUGAAUACGGGCGAGCCCCACGAGAUUCUCCAGAUGACGACCCUCUGGGCGCACCGACACGUCUUCGAGAACGUCUUCAGCGAGGCGCACAAGCUGGCAGCCAAGGCGAACGAGGGCAAGACGGUGGUAUACUCGGCUCGGGGAAUGGAUUGGGUGCCUCUUGGCGACCCCAGAAAGAAGCGGCCUCUGGCUUCUGUGGUUCUGGAUGAAGGUGUCAAGGAGUCAGUCGUGAACGACGUGAAGGACUUUAUGGAUCGCCAGCAGUGGUAUGUCGACCGAGGAAUUCCGUACCGGAGAGGAUACCUACUGUUCGGACCCCCUGGCAGUGGAAAGACAUCCUUCAUCCAGGCGUUGGCCGGAGAGCUGGACUUUAGUGUUGCCAUGAUCAAUCUCAGUGAGAUGGGGAUGACGGAUGACAAGUUGGCCUACCUGUUGACCAAGCUGCCCAAGAGGAGUCUGCUGCUCCUAGAGGACGCGGACGCCGCAUUUGUCAACCGACGACAACGGGAUUCUGACGGAUAUAACGGUGCGACAGUGACCUUCUCAGGUCUUUUGAACGCCCUUGAUGGAGUUGCUGCCGGAGAAGAGCGCAUUGCGUUCCUGACUACGAACCAUAUUGACCGUCUUGACCCCGCACUGAUUAGGCCCGGUAGAGUGGACCUGAUGCUCCGUAUUGGAGAGGCGACUCGAUUCCAAGCUGGGCAGAUGUGGGAUCGCUUCUACGGGGAUGUGGAUGUGGACCAUUCUGGCCGAGAGCGCUUCCUUGUCCGGCUCGACGAGCUCGGCCUAUUUGGCGAGGGACCUGACGGAAAGCCAUCGAACAGGAACACGAGCACGGCGGCGAUUCAAGGACUCUUCUUGUUUAACAAGAAUGACAUGAAAGGCGCUAUUGACAUGGCCGAGGGGCUUAUCCCGAGGAAAUUUGAGGCCGAGGAGGCAGUUCCGGAGGGUGCAAUCAAGACUCCUGCAUGA